UCGUGUUGACAGCUAAAUUACUUUUUAAUGUUCGAGUAACUACAGUCUUUUGAAGUCGCGUGAUGAUGGAUCGUCAAAGUUUGCGAGAUGCAACUGUAGCGCUUCGUCGUCCGCGCAUGAUGUAGUUUUUCCUUAAACAUUUGCUUUUGCAAAACAAAACAAAUUCGCCGAUGGAGUUUCGUGACAGAAACCAAGGCACUUUUAGCAUUUUUGUUUUAAGUACAUAACGUUGUUUUUCGGAUGCACACUGGACAACUGAGCAACUGACUAACUUUACAGCAUCAAAACAGGCUCAUCAUGGAGACCACGAGUCCCACCACCACCACAGAAAAGAAGGAAUGCAAGGGGUCAGGCCUGGAUGGCAGAAGUUUCUCAGACCUUCCCAAAAAGCCCUCACCGACCACAGCAUCCCGAGCUCCUCACUUAUUCUCAACCUUCCACACGCCGAUACCUAUCGACAUGCGCCACCACGAGGGGAGGUACCAUUACGAGCCACAUCCUCUGCACCCCAUGCAUGGACCGCAUGGAUUAGCUGGCAGUCCAGUUAUCUCUGAUAUCUCUUUUAUCCGACUAUCGCCUCACGCUGCAACUACCGGAGAAUCACCCUUCAGCCCACCUCACCCGUAUGUCAACCCACACAUGGAGCACUACUUGCGAUCAGUCCACAGCAGUCCCACGCUCUCCAUGAUCUCCGCAGCACGUGGACUGAGUCCUGCUGACGUGACCCACGAACACCUGAAGGAGCGGAGCUUGUUUGGCCUGCCCCCUCCCCCGCCAGGGGCCAACCCUUCAGAGUACUAUCACCUCAUCGCCAGUCACCGCAGCCCUUAUGGAGACCUGCUCAUGCCGACGGCGGCCGCAGCUGCUCAUCUCCCUGACUACAUGAGCCCAGUGGACAUGUCCCGUUUCCCCAGUCCCAGACUGACGCCGAGGUUGAGCAGGAAGCGAGCGCUGUCCAUCUCUCCAGUCUCGGAUGCCAGCAUCGACCUGCAGACCAUGAUCCGCACCUCGCCCAACUCUCUGGUGGCCUACAUCAAUAACUCCCGCUCCAGCUCGGCUGCCAGCAGCUCUUACGGCCACCUCUCCGUUGGGGCCAUCAGUCCCUCCUUUACGUUCCCACAUCCUAUCACACCGGUUGCAUACCACCAGCUGCUGUCCCAACAGAGAGGUCUAAAUGCGUUUGGACACACUCCCCCUCUCCUACAGCCUUCUCCGUCCCUCAGCACCAGGCAGACACUGGUGGCAGCAGCUGCUCUGACCAACAACAACAGCACCGACACAAACACAGAGUCCAGCCAGAAUGCUGGUGGAGACCCGGCUGUCAGCAGCACGGUCAACCCUUUGAUCUUCAAGAGGUCAAAGGUGAAGAUUGAAGCAGAUGGACCCCACCCCAUCUCACCUGGUUCUCAGAUCAGUGUUGUUAAACAGUAUCUGUUUGGCAUUCUGCUGAACAACCCAUUGGCUGAGAUUGUGUCCCGUUUCCCCAGUCCCAGACUGACGCCGAGGUUGAGCAGGAAGCGAGCGCUGUCCAUCUCUCCAGUCUCGGAUGCCAGCAUCGACCUGCAGACCAUGAUCCGCACCUCGCCCAACUCUCUGGUGGCCUACAUCAAUAACUCCCGCUCCAGCUCGGCUGCCAGCAGCUCUUACGGCCACCUCUCCGUUGGGGCCAUCAGUCCCUCCUUUACGUUCCCACAUCCUAUCACACCGGUUGCAUACCACCAGCUGCUGUCCCAACAGAGAGGUCUAAAUGCGUUUGGACACACUCCCCCUCUCCUACAGCCUUCUCCGUCCCUCAGCACCAGGCAGACACUGGUGGCAGCAGCUGCUCUGACCAACAACAACAGCACCGACACAAACACAGAGUCCAGCCAGAAUGCUGGUGGAGACCCGGCUGUCAGCAGCACGGUCAACCCUUUGAUCUUCAAGAGGUCAAAGGUGAAGAUUGAAGCAGAUGGACCCCACCCCAUCUCACCUGGUUCUCAGCAUAUCAAUAAUGACCACAUCCAUGGGGAGAAGAAGGAGUUUGUGUGUCGAUGGGAGGAGUGCUCACGAGAACAGAAGCCUUUCAAGGCCCAGUACAUGCUAGUUGUCCACAUGCGCCGACACACUGGAGAGAAGCCCCAUAAGUGCACAUUUGAAGGUUGCUCGAAGGCUUACUCGCGACUGGAAAACCUCAAAACUCACUUGAGGUCUCACACAGGGGAGAAACCUUAUGUAUGUGAGCAUGAGGGUUGUAACAAGGCAUUUUCCAACGCUUCAGACCGAGCCAAGCACCAGAACCGCACGCACUCGAAUGAGAAACCAUAUGUGUGCAAGAUCCCAGGUUGCACAAAACGCUAUACAGACCCCAGUUCUCUCAGGAAACAUGUGAAGACCGUUCAUGGUCCAGAAGCACAUGUCACUAAGAAGCAGCGUGCUGAUGCACCACCUAAACCUCACCCUCCUAAAGGGAAUGGAGAAAAUGAGGCACACACAAAGCAUGCAAGGGGAAAAACAGAUGUGUCAGGGGAAGCCAACAGCACCACCCGAGGAGUGGAGGAUUGCCAGCAUGUCAAAUCUAUCAAGACGGAAAACACAGUGAUGUAUCAGUCCAGCCCUGGUGGUCAGUCAUCAUGUAGCAGUGAGCCGUCACCACUUGGCAGUGCCACCAACAAUGACAGUGGAGUAGAGAUGGCCAUGCACAGUGGAGGCAGUUUGGGGGACCUGAGUGCUUUAGAUGACGCGCCUGUAGUAGAUUCUACCGGUUCUCCAGGUACUUCUGCAGGAGUUGGUCUCCAGUUGCGUAAAAACGGGGGAGGACUACUACAUCUUGAGAACAUCAAGAAGGAAAAACUAAAAACUGUAAGAGACCCCUGCUCCUGGGCGAAUGCAUCACCUCAAGUCCGAAAUACCAAGCUGCCUCCAAUACCCUCUAUUGACUCACUGCUGGAGACUCCAAAUAUGGGCAGUCAGAUGCCUGGACCUCAAACCCAACGUUUAGGAGACUUGUCUUCGUAUGAGAUGACAAUGCUAAAUCAGCUGCAAGAGCGCAGAGACAGCUCCACCAGUACAAUGAGCUCAGCAUACACGUUAAGUCGUCGGUCCUCCGGUAUUUCACCCUGCUACUCCAGUCGUCGCUCUAGCGAAGCUUCGCAAUUUGGUGUCCGCAACAACAACGCCAGCUCAGCAGACUCCUAUGACCCCAUCUCCACAGAUCUGUCGCGCCGUUCCAGCGAAGCUAGCCAAUGUGGUGGUGUAGGUGGACUCACAAGUUUACUAAGUCUCACGCCGGCUCAACACUACCGUCUCAAAGCGAAAUACGCCGCAGCCACAGGGGAUGCGCCACCAACACCUCUGCCCAACAUGGAUCGCAUGAGUCUUAGAACUAGAAUGGCCAUGUACAAUGACUCGCAGGAAAGUUCAGCACAUUUGCACCAUUCCCAAGGUGUAGUCAACUCAAGACGCUGCAGUGACACUGGCUACGGUGCCCCUGGCAUGAUGCCCCAUGAAGUUCCAGCCAAUCUUCCACGACGAGCAAGCGAUCCUGUUCGUCGUACAGCUAUCGACCCGCUCUCCUUGCCGAGGGUUCAGCGAUUCAACAGCAUCAGCAACAUGACCCUGUCACGUUUGCCUGCCAUAGAUCGCCGUUCUUUCAACUUGCAGAGCAACACCUGGUCUGAUGGCAGCUUGCAUCGUCAUUCCUUUAGCCAGAGGCCACCUAGUAUUUCAGAGAACAUUUUAAUGGAGAAUAUGGCCACUGAUGGAGGUGAUCAACAAGAAGAUGAUAUGGUGCUACCAGAUGACAUGGUACAGUACCUCAACUCCCAGAAUGGUAGCUCAAAUCAGGACCCAGGGAUUUCUGUCAAUGGUGGUCAUGCACUAAACUUCCAUUGUAAUAUGAUCUCCCAACAACAGUUCUACGGACAGCGGCGAAUGGGCAUGGCAAACAACAACGGAAGCCAGGUAGAGCCUGUUUGCUCAGGUCCAGAGCAAAUGACCAAUCCGCAAAGCAUGAACAAGAACAACAUGCCAGUGCAAUGGAAUGAGGUCAGUUCUGGUUCUGUGGAUACAACUGCAAGGCUUCCAAAGCAGCAACAACUCCGAGGGAACUUGACAGUGGUUCAGCAGAAGCAGAACUUUGGCUCUUACCAAGGAUUUGGUACUAAUCAGCAGGUUGUACCAAUGAGCCAGAAUCUGGCUAGCCUGCAACAGGGUUAUCCACAGAGGGCCACCCAAAGGAUGAACUCUGUCCAGCAGUAUCGGCAAUCUGUUAACAAUCAGUGUCAGAAUCUCGGCGUGCAAGUAAACUCUCAACCGGGAUAUCGGCAGGACCUCAGUUACAACUCCAGUCACCGCCUAACAUGCAACGGCAUGGGUCCACCCAAUGGGAGAGGGAUGCAAAACCAGGAGAUGCAGAAUUACAGAUCCAACUUUUCACAUAUGAUCAACGUUAACCAGCAAAAUUACGUCCCUCUUACUCAGACAGCCGUUCAAAAUGCAGGCAGAGGACUGAUACAGCCCAGACCUCCGUCCGAGCCCAAACCUUUAAAUAGACAACACUCAGGUUCAGGUAUGAUUCAGCAAAAUGGUUGCUCCCUGUCCAACGUCAACUCCUCAGAAGCUAGCCCAAAGAGACCAGGUGACUUCGGUCAACACAGCAAUGGGAAUGGCACUAUGUACUAUUCAGGAGAGAUCCAUAUGUUGGACAGUAGCGUGAAUUAUGGUUCUCCCGUGUCUCCAUGCACAAACCAAGCCCCAGUUGCUUCAGUGUCUACAAUGGUGUCUCCUGGGGUUAACCAGGUCACCAGCACAGUGGACUCCACUCAAACCCUCGAGCACACUCAAAUAGACUUUGAUGCCAUUUUGGAUGACGGAGACCAUUCGAGCCUAAUGUCUGGCACAUUAAGUCCGGGCCUUCUGCAGAGUCUUUCGCAGAAUUCUUCACGGCUCACCACCCCACGUAACUCUGUUACGCUAGCCUCGAUACCAGCAGGUAUUGGCAACAUGGCCAUUGGUGACAUGAGCUCAAUGUUAACAGCCCUUGCAGAGGAAAGCAAAUUCUUAAACAUGAUGGCUUGAGAAUUAAAGAAGUUAAUCAGGGGUGGGUUGCUUUUUAAUGAAAAUACAUUGAACAAUUAAAUGAAACAGAAUACAAGGAACUGUUUAAGAACACUAAUUCAUGCUCUAAGGGGAGGAAAAACAUGUUUAUGCAUUAUUUUCAUGAGCAAAGGCACUGAAAUAUUUUCUGACGAGUUAAACUUGCAGCAUUUCAGGUGAACAGUCAAUUACAUUAUCAGACAUUUGCUAACAACUGUUGUAUGCAACUAGGCUGGCAAAGACCUCAAAAUGACAUGUUUCACAAGCCAUAUGUUCAAUGUAAGUUUGUUUGUUAAUGCAUAUUAGUGUACAUCAGGGUAAUGGUUAUUGGGCUUGUAUAAGUCUGAUUUUCCCCUUUCUCAACAGUGCACUGAAAUUCACUAAGUGCCUCACUUAAAAGAACAUAAGUACGUUUUUAAACUCAUAUAAUUUUAUGUAAUCUGGUAUGUAGCUAUACUAAUAGAUUUAUGGAUAUUUUUAUUGCAUUUUGCUCUGUUUUGUUUAUAGUUAUUCCAUAUCCUUCAUGCUUUAAAUUAUGUGUAAUGCAUAUUAACUGCACAAGCUUGUUCAGUGUUCACAGUGCUCUGAUGUACCCCCUUGUCACUUCUGUGGGGUAUUAUAAAAAAAACUGGUGGAAAUUGGAAAAUGAAUUUCAGCUGAAUUCCUCAAAGAUGGUCAAUUUUAUCUAUAUUGACGGAUUCCCUUGAAGCACGCUCCAGGAGUUACAGAUCUCUGUAGUUGCAUCUGAUCCGGCUGUGUGAUGGUGAAGGACAGCAUUACGUCUCUGAGCUUCAGUCUGCGGAGGCCUGUCAACCCGUGCGUCCUUUGAGAUGCCUUUAAAGGAAUAUGCAAGUACUCUGUGUGCUCUCAGCAGAGAUCACAUCCCAAUUAACAGGUUCAUCACCGUCUUGAGCUUGUGAUGAACCACAUGCGCAUACUAAAAUGACUUCUGCCUUUGAUUUAGUACUGUUACAAGAAAUUUCCACCAAGGACGGAGCGAUUUUGAAGGUCUGAACUCUCGGAGUUCUUUGUUAUUUUGUGAUGCCAUUUGCAGAACUCGACAUAUGUAUAGCUUUUGUACAUUUUCAA